AAUCAUGUUCCCUUCAUCACCCUCAUCACAAUCUCAUUCGUUAACACAUCAAUUUCUAUCUCUCUUUUACUCUCACUACUCUCUUUGCUCUUUCUUUUCUCCACUAUGGCUGCACAAGAAAACAACUUCCAAGACUACUUGCCUGUGAUGGCCAACAAGCUUGGUGGGGAUGGCCUAAUUGAUGAACUGUGCAAUGGGUUCAAUCUUUUGAAGGAUUCUGAUAAAGGGGUCAUCACUUUUGAGAGCCUCAAGAGGAAUUCUUACUUGCUUGGUCUUCAGGGUCUCAGUGAUGAGGAUCUUCGCUCCAUGGUUUUGGAAGGUGACUUUGAUGGUGACGGUGCACUCAACCAGAUGGAGUUCUGUGUCUUGAUGUUCAGACUCAGCCCUGAAUUGAUGGAGGGCUCAAAGAUGUGGCUUGAACAAGUCCUUCAACAAGAGCUUAAAGAUUAUUUCUAAUUCUUGUAAUUUUUUUCUCUUUCUCCCUUACUCUUUUAAUUCAUUUGUCAUUUUGGGCAAUUUCCCAUAUACUUAUGUAAGAAAAUUUUAAAAAAAAUGAAAUGGCAAAAGUGAUUAAUUUGAUA